GAUUUUGAUUUAAUUUAAUCUGAAUCUAUUUAUUUCUGUAAAGCUGCUUGGUGACAUUGUCCAUUGUUUGAAUUGAAUUUAUCAUUCUACUUAAACCAGUAUCGUGUGCAACGAGCAAAAUUACAAAUAAUCCGUCAUAUGUGUAAAAAAAAUAGCUUGCAUUACAGAUUCUUCAUUACAGAUGCGCAUUGUUAUUAAACCCCCUUUAUUCUGGAGCUGAAACAUCACACCGCAGCGUUGCCAUGGCACCCUGGGGUUCAGUUGCACGUGCGUCUCUUGGUUACCUGGAGACAGGACGCGGGUUGUGUUUAGUAUUAAAAACACUCCGAGAAAAGCGUGUGUGUGGGGCAGAAAAUUCGGUAGACAUGGCCACCCUGAGCAUUAAGCCGGGCCUCCGCUGCACCGUGUCUGACUGGACGAGCAGCAAUAAUGAGAUCUCAGUCACUGCUGAGCAUCAGAGACACCUAUCACACGGGAUACGGCUGGAGGGCAGGGCUCUGUGCAAUGACACCGCCAAUAAGACAAUGUGGGAUGAAUAUGACAGCAACCGUCGGCUGGGUGACAGAAUCAGUGACAUCACACUUUGGAAGAAGAGCCUGGAAGCCUGUGCAGAGGAACUGGAUGCAGAAAUGGACGCGCUCACGCUAACAAAGGAAGCGGCAGAGCGUGCUCUCGCAGCCACGGUGUUGCCCCUAGAGGUCACUAAUGAGUGUUUGACCUUGAGGGAAGGUCGUCGGGGAAAUGAGCUGGUUAGUGACCCAGUGGAAGCAGAGCUAAAGAAGGAGGUGGAGGUGAUCGAUAAGGCACAACAGGUCCUGCAGCAGUGUAUCGAACAAGCCUUUAAACACCUUUGUUUGCUGCAGGAUGCCCGUCAUCAACUGACUCUUGACCUCCAGCACAAGAUGGAGGCUUUGGAUGUAGACAUGUCCUGCCUGUCGCUCUCUGUCAUGUCGCCUGAGAUCUCCCUGAAGCCCAAUCCCACCAGAAUUCCUCCUGGCUCCACAACCCCUCAGCAAUGGGUACAGUUCAGCCACCACAAUAUAACCCAAGCCAAGGAGGAAAUGCAAGCCUCUCUGCACCUGAGAGAGAAUAUCAGUAUUACUAUAGCACAGGUGCAAAAUGAAUUAGAGUCUCAGCGCAUAGCCUCGCGAUUCGCCUCCCGGAAGCGCACUCAUCAGCUGGAGCAGGCUCAGCAGGAGCUCCAGUGGCAGAUAAAAACUACUCAGGAUGAGAUGAAUGAGCUGAAGGAAGACAUCCUUAGACUGGAGAGGGACGUGCAAUCCAAGAUGGCGCCACUAAAACUGGUGCACACUCGUUUGGAGUACAGGACCAGGAGGCCCGGCGUGGACCUAUGCAGAGACGAGGUGCAGUACGGGCUGGUGGAGGAGACCAAAGAGCUUGCUUCUUCUAUUUUGGCUCUGAAACAGAAGCUGGCACAGGCUCAGGACUCAUUGCAGGCUCUGCAGCUACAUGAGGCUCGGAUGCUUGAGGAUCUUGCGCGUAAACAGGAAGCGCUGUCUCUUGAGCAACGGAGCAUGCAGACACGCCAGCGCCUGAAUUCAGCUCCCAGCGAAUCCGAACCCGCAGCCGCGUUGCCUCUCACCAACUCCAGUGGCAUGCACAAGCUCCAGCUGAAAUACACAGACUCGGCCUGAGACCUCCGUCCCAUGCCUCCUCAGAUAUUUACUCAGUCACCUCAAUAGGAGCUAACUCUUCUGUUUUCCUGACCUGGCUGUGUGUGGAGUGCAUUUAUUAGUUCUGUUUUCUCUGGUUGGAGUUUGUGUGAUAGCUGUCACAAUACGUUUUUUUCUUUUUCACUACUUUGUUUGAAAUGUUAUGCAGAAGACUUAAGACAUCAAGUAUGUUAUGAGAAUCAGAAUCAGUUUUAUGUUAGACAUAGGAGGAAUUUGAUUUGGAGAAUGCACAUGUAAUAUACCAAACAGACAACACUGGGCAAUUUACAAAUAGGCAAUUUUCAUAUAACAACAUGGAGUCUGGAGUGUGUUUUUCCAUUUAUGCCACAGCAGUGUUUUCCAGUCCAGUCAAUUUCCCAAGCAGUGUUUAUACUGGAAAAUUCAUACUUGGUCUCAAGUAGAGUUGUGCACAGGACUAUUUCUUUAAUUCCGCUCUUGCAGUUCUUAUUUUUGUUUGUACCUGUUGUUUAUAGGAAUUAAUUUGAAUUUAGCAUUCUAAUUUAAACCACCUCGACCCUGACCAGGCAGAUACUAAGGCUAAAUGAAUUAACCUUGUAAAUGCAUUACACAGCAACUCACAUUCACGGUAAUAAACAUGGUCUUUCUUUAUUCCCGUGAGCUUCUUAUCUACAGUAAAGCUGCUUGGGUAACUUUUUGUUCCGUUCCUAGACCCUUGGUGCAUAUCUCUAGUCUCAACCAGAUGCAGUAGUGUGCCUCCUGUUCGUAUUGCAUUUGUAUCUGUUAAGAACACAUUAUCUGUUCAUUUCGAAUAAUUGAAAUGGAUUCGGUUACAUCCCUAUUCCAGACUGAUGUUGAGUCAUUAGCAGCACAAUAUUUCCUCUUCGCUGACUAUAAUCUCCUUCUCCAGCCUGUACUUGGUGUUCAGCCUUUAGUUGUCUGUCUUUGGCAUUUCUGUUGUUAUAUUAGCCAAUAUUGAUAUAUUGUUAUAUUUAACAGAACUGUGACAUCAUUACAAUAUUGUUAACGAAAAAAAAAAAAAAAAGUUUUCCC